CCGCGAGGGCUACUGAUUGUCGGAAACCUCCCGUUUCUUGAUCCGGAGCUUCACACCUACUUCACAAGCCUCGCUCAAGAACACGGGCCAAUCUUCAAACUCAAUCUCGGCUCAAAACUAACCGUUGUGAUCCUGAAAGAUCAAGACAUCAACUUCUCAAACCAUGACGUCCCUCUCACGGCUCGAGUCCUUACCUAUGGUGGCCUCGACCUCGUAUGGUUACCAUACGGGGCGGAAUGGAGGAUGCUUAGAAAAGUUUGUGUUCUCAAGCUUCUUAGCCGCAAAACUUUGGAUUCUUUCUACGAGCUUCGACGCAAAGAAAUCAGGGAAAGAACGAGAUAUUUGUACCAGCAAGGUCAGCAAGGAUCACCGGUGAACGUUGGAGAGCAGUUGUUUUUGACGAUGAUGAAUCUAACGAUGAAUAUGUUAUGGGGUGGAUCGGUGAAAGAAGAGGAGAUGGAGAGUGUUGGAACAGAGUUUAAAGGAGUGAUUUCUGAAAUAACUAGGCUUUUGGGUGAGCCUAAUGUUUCGGAUUUCUUUCCGUGGCUAGCGAUAUUCGAUCUUCAAGGGCUUGUGAAGAAGAUGCGUGUGUGUGCUCACGAGCUCGAUGCUAUAUUCGAUCGAGCCAUCGAGCAUAUGUAUUGUGAAUAUACAUCAUAUAUUCCGAUAUAUGAUAAUUUCCUAGAC